AUUCUUUUUAUCUUUUUUUUUUUUUUUCUACUUUCCCCCCAAGCAUACAAUAAUCUAUAAAGAAAAAUAUUUCCACAAAUAGAACAGAAAAAUUGGGUUUCCAAAGAAUUCAGGCGAGGUGCGUUAAAGCUCUUAGUACACAAUUUCCUUCCAUGAUCCAUCGUCUAUCAGUAUCAAACUUCCCUUUGUCCCUCUUUUACAAUUCUAAACAUUUUUUUUAGGGUUCGCGCUCCCGCAGCCUUUCUGUACGCAUUAGAAAGACCGUAAUGGUGAAAGCAUAUACUCAAGAGCACGUUUACAAGCAUCCAUGGGAGCGAGUAACUUCUGCAUCUUGGCGCAAGUUUGCUGACCCUGAGAACAAACGUACCUUGUCUCAUAUUCUUGAAGUUGACACAUUGAAUCAAAAACUUGAUCCUCUCUCUGGUAAGCUUUACACUACUCGUGCUCUUACCAUCCAUGCUCCUGGGCCAUGGUUUAUUCGCAAAAUCAUUGGCCAGGAUAUCUGCCACUGUGUUGAAUCAACUGUUGUCGAUGCCCCAUCUAAGUCAAUGCAACUUACAACCCGUAAUGUCAGUCUUCAAAAGUUUAUAGAGGUAGAGGAGAAGAUUCGGUAUGACCCUCACCCAGAUAAUCCAACAGGCUGGACAGUUUGUCGACAAGAGACUAGCAUUCAUAUUAAGCCAUUAUCAGCUCUGGCAUCCAUGGCAGAAAAGGUUGAGCAAAGAUGCGCUGAGAGGUUUAUGCAAAAUAGUGUGAAGGGUAGAGAGGUUAUGGAGAGGAUCUGUAAGUAUCUUGAAGCUGAAUCUAGUGGGAUGGCUCUAUAAUUUUGACUUCCCACACUAAAUGUUUCAGCCAUCUCUCUCAUAGAGUAGGGAAUAACGACAGAAUGUAAGAUGCAAAACUGUCGCGGUUAAUUUUUAAUGUCCUUUAUAGACUUGGUGCAAAUUUUGAUGUAGUUCAUAUGUAAUCUGGGAAUGUUACUGUCUCUUGUACUUAAAUUUUAUGAUAUAAAUGAACCAAUGCAUUUUGCUGGUAAGACCUGAUGGCUGUGUAUUGACCACGGCUUUAUCACUGAUAAUCUCCCAUUAGAUUAUUACAUGUUGAACAGCCUU